GGAUUAUAAAAAGGGCAGCACCCACAAGCAACACCCAACUUCAUUUUCGAAUAGGCGACAUCUAACGACUUACAUCCUAGCUAGAGAAGAACUAGUGAUAAAUACACAUCGACCACCACGCUCUCAAACGCCACCCCUCCACCAACAUCAGAAGGACACGAUAUGACAGACUCGCCAAGUAUAUUGAACCGCAAGCGCCGGGCGAUUUCCGACGCACCAGACCCCCUAGAAGCCACAACCAAGUGGCUCGACGACCUCCUAGAGCAACGGACCAGGCAAGGCUGCAGGAUUAUAAGCCCGGCGACCGAGGCAAACGUCCGGGCUAUACUAGCGAAAUUCCAGCGGGCACAAGAAGCACCAUCAGGCGAGCAACAGAACAUACUCGCGGCCGAGUCGUUGGCCAGCAUCCGCCGCGUGAUCGACCGCCGGCUAGCUAUCGACGCCAAGUACGCGGACGCGAGGCUAAAGCUGGAGAAGCUAGAGAGAGACGCAUGGCUCCUAAGGUACGGAGAUUACCACGCUGCAGCACUCGGGGCUCUCCGUGGUGAGGCUCGAAAGAUUGCACAAAAGGCCAAGCGCCACCAGAAGAAGGUGCAGAAGAAGCAAGAGGCCCUGGAGGCGCAGAUGAUUGCAGAUGGUAACUCGGCGGGCGCCAGCGUGUCGAUUGCCCCCAGCACCACGCCAACCACACAACCCGAGUCUGGCGACGAUGCAGUAUUGGUAGAGUUCCUGUCCCAGUCAUGGGCGACGAUCGACCAGACACUGGCCAGAGAGGAGGCGGACGCCGAAAAUUGUUUCGAGAGCGAACCCCCAACCCAACCUAUGACUCAACUGGUAACCAAACUUACCAAUCUCCUACCCCUCACCACGAUAUACCGGGAUGUGAGGGAGAGCAUCGCCCUGUACGCAAAGCGGAACGAGCUGGCGCACGGUCACAUCGCGAAGUUGGCUGAAUCAGGCAAGUUUUUCGAGCUCGCCGGAAAGCUCAAUGCCGACCUGAUCAACGUCAUCUGCAAGCCAGGCGUCCCAGCGGCGGAGCGUCGUUCGACCGAGAGCGCAAUAAUGGUGGUUGUCAACAAAUACUUUGAGGAAUUUAAGCGCGACCCAGAGACCAACGCCCUAUUAACCUUCAGAGUGCGGCCGACCGCUGAUAGCAAGGUCAAAAGCGGCGAUGAUAGAAGCCGUCAGAAGACACUCAGAGGCUAAUGUAGCGAGGUGAGCCGCGUUUCGAGGGCGGCUCCCACGAGCAUCGCGGGAACCUCCUAGAAAGGUCCCUUAAGGCCCUCCGAAAACAUGAGGUCGGAAGUCCGGAAUUAUGCUAGCCGCUAAGACAACGCUGCCUCACCUGGCUGCGGCAUGGUGACAACUCUCGUUGUUGCAAUUGGUUGAAAGGUAUAGGCACAAUGGAAGGCAUAGCCACCUAAGGGAGAGACAAGCUUGCGCAACACUCCAUAAGAACGAACAUUGAGGCAGGGUUGGGGGCUAGAGGCUUCUUCCACUUUGAAAUGCCACGUCAACCACCUGCUCCAGGUGCGUGGAGAAUUCCGUAGUGAGUUAUAAUAUAAUACCUACAGCCGGGUUCUGGCGCUUGGCGAUUGUAUGUUUAAACCCUCACCACUACAAGCUAGCUCACUUCUUCACGAGCCACCCCUAUACAGACUAGGCAUUUUAUAUACCUUAGUUUACAUACAAACGA